AAAGACUGUGACAAUUCUGGAGCCAGAGUUAACCUUACUGAAACAUGUGCUUGUUUUCUUCAUUUUCUUUCACUUUUAUUCUUUUAUGUCAUUUAUUUAUUUAUUCAUUAACUUUUGCUUUUAUUCAUUCAGUAAACCUUGAAGAAAAAGUGAAGAUUAGGUACAAUGAGAUGUUUUUGGCUAGGGAUUACAGGAAUGCCUGAAUCUUUAAUUCUCUCUUCAUUGUGAGUUUCCCAAAAGAGCUAUGCUUAUAAGGAAAAAAACAAGUGAGAGACAAGGUGCUCGUUAUUAUUGGUCAGGCUAAUGCCUGAUUUUCCCUCAUGAAGAACUCGGGUGAGGCUGGGUGGUGGCUUGUGGCCUCAUCUCAUUGAGGGCCUCUUUCUGUCUCUAAGCCAUAUGUUGGUGGGCUAUAUGAUAUAAAAAACCAAAUGAUAAGCACACUGAAGUGAGAAAAGGAGGGCCAUAUCAUGUACUUUCACUUACUUGUAAACAUGGUCCAGCUAAGAUCUGAGAUUCUGACCAAUUGGAUCACUAAUUUCUUAUGCCUGAGAUGGGGAAAAGGGUGGAAAUGGGUGGCUUCCCUGGAUUAGGCAGGAGUAUUCUUCUGUCCCCUUUACCUUUCCUGCCCAGAUGUUUGGCUUCUGUGCUAGUAACUGGGAAUAACAGAAGAGCCUCAGGCAUGGUUCCUGCUCUCAAGGAAUUCACAGUCUAUGGAGGAAAAGACACGUACACACAUAAUCUCAAUAUAGUGCGAAAAGUGCUAUACUUUGUGUGUGUGUGUGUGUGUGUGUAUAUGUUUGUGUUUUUGCACACGUGCAUACAUCCAUGUGCCAAAGUAGGGAAAAUAACUGAAAAUAAGUUUAUUUAGAAGGUGAAAGAUGAUUAAGAAUUGGAUAUGUAAAGAAUAGGGGAUGGCAGAAGAAAUACUAUUGGAGGAGUUGUCAAAGGGCACUGGUAUAAGGUUUAUUUUAGGUGGAGCAGAGGAUAUUAAUGGAGAAGUGAUGGGAAAUGAAGCUAGAGAGAGAGAUGAGACAGAUGUGUGGUUUUAAGAAUUUGACCUCUGCCAUGUGGAGAGUGAAGAGUCUCUAAAGAUUUUAAGCUAGUGAUGUUGCCUGAGCUGUGUUUUGGAAUGAUUAUUUGAUCAUGUGGAGGAUGGAUUGGAAGGUACAAAACUAAUGCAAGGAGACGUCUUUGCCUUCAAAGAGAAAGCAACAGCAGUAUUCAAGAAAGAGCAGUUAUUCUACCCAUUUCUGGUUAUUUCAUUUUGCUUGUCUGUGGUUUUGCUCUACGUGUGGAUAGAAACCUCAAACGAAUACUUUGGCUUUGACUGGGUCGUUUUUCUAGGUAUAGGAGACUGGUUCUACUGGUCCAUUGUUUUGCUGAGUUUCCUUGGGAUCCUGACUGCCUACUCUUCAUUGCUAUUGUUACUUGGAUUUUUGUUGAUUUGGGAAGGGAGUGAACUAUAUCUGCACUGGUUUCAUAAGAUCCUGACUCUGCUAGUGAUUCUGCUAUGCUUGUGUCUUAUGUGGAUUUUAUGCAUGUACUGGAAAGACAGGUGGCUGACAGCUGGGCUUUCACUGAAGGUCUUUGCUCCCUACAUACACCUGAGCAGCAUAACUGUGAUGGUUCUCCUUUCCUGGCCUGUGGCCUUCUACUUAAUCCAUUUGGAAAGAGAAGCUAGAAUCAGAAGAUACAAGAUGACAAGUUAUGAGAGGAAAAGAAUGAAGAGAUGUGAUAGACUUGUAAAGUUGAGAGCUCUACAAGUGGCUAUUGGAUUGCCCUUUUUUCUUAUCCUUUUAUGUCUCUAUGUGGUCCCAUUGGGGAUUUACUCUCCCUGCAUUCAGGAGAAGGAUAAAUUGGGACCCAAGCCAGACUUCUUUGGACAUAGAGGUGCACCCAUGCUGGGGCCUGAGAAUACCAUGAUGUCCUUUGAGAAAGCUGUUGAACAUGGGGCUUUUGGGCUGGAGACUGACGUAUACUUAAGUUAUGAUGAGGUGCCUUUUCUCAUGCAUGACCAUGACCUGAGAAGAACAACCAAUAUUCGGAAAGUCAUGCCAAACGCCUCCUUCCAACACCCUUCUCAUUUCACAUGGGAUUUCUUGUCGGCUCUGAAUGCAGGCAGAUGGUUUGUACAGCCAGAGCUCAAACCAUUUUACAAUAUGAAACCCUUAUCAAAGGCUGAUAGUGAAAAAGCAGAAAAUCAGACGAUUCCAAAACUAGCUGAUUUAUUGGAACUUGCACGGAAGGAAAAAAAAUUUGUGAUAUUUGAUCUUCAUAGGCCUCCACAAAAACAUCCUGUCAGAAACACGUACGUCCGCCGUGUAGUAAGCGUGAUCCUUGACUCUAAAAUUGAGCAACAUCUGAUUUUUUGGUUGCCAGGUUUUGAUAGGGAGUAUGUCAAGAGAAGAGCUCCUGGUUUUCAGCAGGUGGGCCGGUUCUUAUCCAUUGAAAACCUUGCAAAAGAAAAUAUCAGGAUAAUAAAUGUUGACUAUAAGAAGUUGUUCUACAAUGGAUUGAGAGAUUAUAAAGCAGCUAACAUCACCAUCAACUUAUACAUCGUCAAUGAGCCUUGGCUCUACUCACUGGCCUGGUGCUCCAGGAUUCACUCAGUGACCACAGACAACAUUCAGAUCCUAAGUCAGCUAAAUCACCCUUACUUCUUCAUGACACCAAGUUACUAUAUGUUCAUGUGGCUUUUCUUGGAUAGUGUUUCUGCAGUUUUCAUUGUUGCCAUAUUUUAUUUUCAUUGGUGGAGAGAGAGCCAAAAAGAAAAAUUCUUCGAAAGCACCAGCAUUCGUACAGGUACUCAGAGCCACCAAAGGGGGAGAAGUAAGAAUGCAGGGGCAUCGGUUAUAUCCAGAGAGCCGCCCCCCCGAGUUAGGGAAAGCCCCUGGACUCUAGGAGCCCUCUCCCCGGCUUUAACGAAGAGCCUGAGGAGAAACCCAGGCCCUCAGCAGUUUUCAGCAGUCCCCGAGGAGGAAGCCAGCAAACCACUGACGCCUGCCAUAGAUGACGUCAGACAACCAGUGCCCACUCAGAAGGACUCUGAACCCAUCCAAGAACCCACCAGGGAUGCUACCAGAGAGGCCACCCUGGAAACUGCAUUGCCUGACUUGCAGGGGAAUGAACCAACAAUUUCUUCCAUAGAGGUCCCUCAUUCUGAAACACAACCCAAAAAGACCCCUAGUGUUGAAUCCUCCCAAUAAUCAUCUUUUAUGAUGUUUUCCACCACAUCCAGCAUGUCCUCCUCCUUUGGGCUGUCUUCAAGAAUAAUUAGCCACAUCUUGCUCCCUCCUUCCUCUUCCUUUCUGUGCCUAAGGGUGGUGAUGGUGGGGGUGGUCAAGAAAGGGCACAGAAGAGCCACUGAGGCUCUCAGGAGAGCCAGUCUUGUCUAGCCUUUCCUUCAAGCAUGCAUUUCAAGGGGAUGGCCAAGGGAAAAACAGUUGUGGUCUUGGAGCUGGAGCUGGUUCUCUGGAUGUUAGCGGGUUUGUCUCAUCCUAACCCUUCAUAGUGUUCCCUGCUACAGGCGUGGCUGUGGUGAACAUCAGCAUGUAAACAAAGGCAACCUCUCAGGAAC